AUGACAAUGAAUGAUUAUCAAGGUAUUAAGUAUUUCAAAUUCCUGCAUUGUUGGGUUGAUAAUGACAGCUUCAUGGACACUGUGACAUCUUGCUGGAAUAAAGAAGUGCAUGGCAACCCUAUGUGGAGAUGGCACCAAAAAAUGAAAAGGUUAACUACCACUCUUAGUGCCUGGUCUAAAAGGGAAUUUGGAGACAUUUACUCCAAGGUAAAAGAAUUUGAAGAAAAGGUCAAAGUAGCAGAAGAGGAGCUGAUUAACAAUAACACUGGAACAAACAGACAUAAUCUUCAUUACAUCAAUGCUACCUACAUCAAGUAUUUGAAAAUAGAAGAAGAAAUUCUCAAGCAGAAAACUCAGCUUCAGUGGUUCAAAGAGGGAGAUGCUAACACUAAAUACUUCCAUGCCCUUAUGAGAGGAAGAAUGAGGAGAUUAUUCAUUCACAAGAUUUGCCAUGAAACCAGAAUUGAUGAAAGAAUUCUCCAACAUCUUCCUACACUGGUGACACCUGAGCAAAAUAUGAUUUUACAGGAGAUACCCAAUAUGGAGGAAUUGAAACAAGUUGUUUUAUCUAUGAACCCCAAUACUGGUCAUGGUCCUGAUGGGUUUGUUAGAGGAAGGAAUAUUGCUGAGAAUAUUAUUUUGGCACAAGAAAUCACUUAUGGUAUAAAAAAACCUAAAGAAGGAGACAAUGUGAUUAUCAAGCUUGACAUGACCAAAGCCUAUGAUAGAGUCUCUUGGGCUUACACUUGUUUAGUUCUAAGGAAAAUGGGCUUUGGAGAUGUGUUCAUUGACAUUGUUUGGAGAAUCAUGAGCAACAAUUGGUACUCUAUUAUAAUCAAUGGAAGAAGACAUGGAUUUUUUCAUUCCACCAGAGGUCUCAAGCAAGGGGACCCUAUUUCCCCUGCCCUAUUUAUUUUAGGUGCUGAAGUCCUCUCUAGAAUGUUGAAUCUGUUAAACUAUAAUAUGUCCUAUAAAGGUUUUAGUCAAAAGGACAGUCCUAUCACUUAUCUAGGUUGCCCUUUAUAUAUUGGGAGACAAAGAAUCAUUUAUUAUUCCCAACUUGUGGACAAGGUGGCUAAAAGGAUAAGUGGAUGGCAGACAAGAUUCCUUAGCUUUGGAGGAAGGGUUACUCUUAUCAAAUAUGUUCUUCAAUCCAUCCCCAUUAAUACCAUGGCAGCAACUUUACUUCCCAACACCACCAUCAAGUACAUGAAAUGCAUAAUUGCAGAUUUUUUCUGGGGAAAUGAAGGAGACAAAAAGAAAUAUCAUUGGGCAUCUUGGGAAUCUCUGAGUUUUCCUUGUGAGGAGGGAGGUAUUGGUGUGAGAAUGUUGUCUGAUAUCUGUACUUCAUUACAAUUCAAACAUUGGUGGUUAUUCAAGACCAAAGAGUCUCAUUGGGAACAGUUCCUUAGAGCUAAAUACUGUAGGGUAUCACAUCCAGCGGCAAGGAAAUGGGACAAUACGCAAUACAUGCUAAAAAAUAGGAGCAUGAUGGAAAAGAACAUCAGGUGGAAGAUCAAUUCUGGCAACUGUUCCUUUUGGUGGGAUGAUUGGCUUGGAGUUGGAGCUCUUGGUAAUCUCAUAAAUGGAAUUUCUAGUCAAAACAAUACCAAAGUGCACCACUUCCUGCUUGAAGGAAAAUUGAAUGAAUUUAAGCUAAGACAGCAGGUUCCUCUUUGA